AUGUUUAAGUCAGGCAGAAAAACAGGAGACUACCACCACGAGAUGAAUUCUGGAAACUUUGAGAAGUGGAUCCUGGAAAAAUUAAUUCCAAACUUGCCUCCAAGAACGGUGAUCGUAACUGACAAUGCAAGUUACCAUAAUAUUGAAGUAACCAGAGGGCCAACUUCAAAUAACAAAGUAAGUGAAAUGAAACAGUGGUUGGCAGAACGGAACAUUUUGUAUCCGGCUUCGGCACUGAAACCAGACCUGUACGAAAUAAUAAAAAAACACAAGUCAGAUAAUAAAGAAUAUAGACUAGACGCUAUUUGUGCUGCUGCUGGACACUCUGUGAUACGUCUCCCACCUUAUCAUCCAGACUUUAACCCUACUGAGAUGGUGUGGGGCACCGUUAAAAAUUGGAUGGGCCAAAGGAACGUGACAUUUAAGUUGGACGAUGCAAUGCGUCUAGCAGAGGAGAAAUUUAAUUCUAUUUCCGCCGAAUACUGGGCAGCAUAUUGCAAUAAAGUGGAAAAUCGAGAGGACCAGUCCUUCGCAAGGGAAUUGGAUAUCGACACCAGGAUAGACAAUAUAAUCAUCACAUCAGAUAGUGAGGAAAGUGAAACGUCAGAUGAAGAUGAUGAGUAA